CGUAAAAGUUCUUUAAUUUCAAAACCGGAAGCGGAAGUUUUUCCUUGCUGAAAGAUUUUUUUUGGGCCGGAUUGAGAGUGUUACCUAUUUUUCAUACUUUAGAAUGGAUGUGGAUGUGAAGAGCAGUGUGGUAAAUAAAAAGCCUAACAAAGAAGCACAUUUCUGUAAGUUAUGCCUUAUAUACUGCACAUCAGCCCAGGCCUUGCAGGAGCAUUGCAGGGGCGCUAAACACCAGAAGAAAAAACAGCAGCUCGGUGAACCAGGCUCCACGCGCCCAGGAGUAAAUGUGAAGUCUCUCCUGGACAAGAUAUUAGUGACCUGCACUGAACCCAUAAUAGGCCUGCAGUAUGUGUGGGAAUACCGUAGUCCCAGCAGGACUGUGCAGCCGCAUUACCAGUGCAGGCUGUGCAAGGUGCAAGUUCUGAAGAGCGAGAUUAUAGCACACAUUAAAGGCUGGAAGCACUGCUACAGGUAUAUGAAAAAGGUGCACCCUGACAUGGUCCCGUUUGAAGAAGACAAAGCAGUGGAAGAUCCUAUGGUUCGCAAGACCAUUAAAGAAUCUGCUGGCGAAGUGGAGAAAGCUGAAGGAAGGGGGAAAAUCAAGGUCCUAAUGAAGGAACCAAGUGAGGUGGCAGCUUUCCAGGGAAUGCUUUCUGCCGUGAAGCCAAGGUCAGCCAGACUGGGAGGCCAAAAUCAAGGGGAAAGAUACCCUCCUGCUUUUCCAGACCAGGGGUAUCCUGCUGAAAACCCUCAAGGAAUCUUUCCUGACUUUCCUGGGAGAAUGUAUUCGAAUGAUAUGCCAAUGGGAAAUGAUGAUUUUCCGAUGAGGGGGCAUCUGGGCGACAUGCCCCUUGGGGGGUACCCCGGUGAUGGACGGAUGUAUGAGAGCGAUCUUCCUUCACGGGAGCUCGGCGCUGGCCCCCAGCAGCGCUACUGUGACGAUUUCUCCAGCGGCGGGCGGUGUCCUGAAGGAGGCCCUCCGCUGGACAAGAGAGUGAGAAACGAUUAUGAAGCCAGGCCCUCCAACAUCAUGAGGAGGGAAUUCGAGAGCUUUGCUGGCAGGAGACCAGAGGGCAUGCAUUUUUCUCAGAAUGAAGGCCCCUACUCAAGAGCCUCUGAGAAGAAUAUUCCAGCUACUCUUUUUGAAUGUCUGGAGAACUUUCGUAUCGAAACCGAAUCUGAUGCGCAGAUCGUCUUGAAAGUGACCCAGAAGCUGACUGAUGUGCUGAUGGAAUACAGGCUGAGGACUAUGUCCGCGAUGGCAAGCAGCAAGCAGUCCUCGGGUCCUGGAGAGUAUCCAUCCUCAAGAGUGGCUGGCAUGGACAGAUACACAGGUCACAAAUGCCUAUGAAGAUCGUGGCACGUACUCCCCUGUGUGUCAGCAGCUCAUCCAGGAGAUUAACACUAAGACCUGCUGGAGUUCAAUCUCAGAAAAUGAGGGGAGACUGAAGACUGGCUGCCACUGUUCUCUUUCUUAAUACAUUUAUUGUUACAUCUUUUGUUCUUUUUUAUUGUUUUUUAACUAAUUGUUCGUGGUCUGUUUUAUGACUUGGUAAAAUGCUACUUUGUGCUGGUAAAUAUUUUUUGUCAACAUUAAGUUCUUGUUAGUGAUUAUUUCAGCACAGGUAUUGAUAAAUAAAAGUUUUGCCUUUCCCCUUG